AUGGACAUAUCUGCGCUAGUGAACCAUGAUGGGGAAGCAGCGGUGCCACCGCGCCGUUCGUUCUCUCACCCCCAUUCCCUCUUUGCAUCUUCCCCCGUCACCCCAGCCGCGAAGCUUCCCACGCCGUCGCCUAAGACGAUUCAUAAGCAGAUGUCACCCAAGCGCAAGCGCAACGACCCAAAGCCAAUAUGGGCCUAUCGCGAGGGCGAAGAGCUGCCGCCGGAGCUCAAGGCGCUUGAGGAACAGCAACGCAAGCAGUCGCGUCCGCCUCCACCACAACCCACCCUAUCGUCUGCACCUGCCGUCCAGCCGCCGCAUGUCGUCCACGCGCAACCCGCGCCUGCCCAUCCUCCACAGCGACAACACUCCUCGCCCAUGGUCGAGCGGAAUGGACCUCCGUCCAGUGACGCUAGAGUGACGCCACCCUUUGAGCGCCCCAUCUCCGACGCUGCAUUCAUCUACGACGACGUGUCGCACCAUGUAUGCGAGUUUAUAUGGACCACUGCCGUGAAUAAUGAAAUGGUGCGCAAAGCCAUCUCGGACCCCAGGGUCCAGCUGGAAGUAGAGGCGCGUUGGGGCCAGAUAAUAGACACGCAGAGCAGCCAGCGCCUGCGAGGCUUCUGGCGCACUGAAACCGUGCUGAACACUGAAGCCAUCCAAGUCAAGUUUGAAAGUACUAUGACGGCGCUGCAGCAUCAACGCAUGAAUAUGUAUCUCAACACGCAGGUCCGGCACUCCAAACAGCCCAGCUCUUCGCGUCCAGCUAUAGAUUACCGGCAUACGUACGAGACGGACUUGUUCUAUGAGCUCGACCAGGAGGGAUUUCUUAAGUUGAACCCCAUUGUCCAGCAGCUCAUCAACCAGUCCGGCUCCCGCCAGCGCGUCCGCGUAACCCGCGAUAAGAACACGGGCGAAUUUCUACGAGCCAUCAUAAAGCACCGCAUCGGCAACCUUGAGGUGAGCUCGCCCAAGACAGAGUGGGAUUACCGCAUCGGCAUCAACUUGGAAAUCGACUUUCCGGGUUCCGUUGAAAGCCUGAAGCCCGCCGUCGAGGGGGGCAAGACGGUCGAGUCUAUGAAGCGACAGAAAGACCGCAUGUCUUACUCGUGGUUGGGCGCAUACCAAGUUGAUCUGACUCAAGUCACACAAGGACCCAGCAAGAAUCACGAGCUGGAGUUGGAGCUGACUUCGGACGUGCUCAUAGCAGAAGCAGACAAGGCGCGGAGGAACGAGGCAAACAGGUACGAGAGCCUGAUCAACGGUAUGAUGAACAACUUGCGAGUGCUUUCGCGAGAGAUCACAGGCCCCCCUGGGGCUUGA